ACGAAAGAUUCCUCUUGCUCAGGCGCGAACACCGGUGUUUUCAUCACGGUCGGUAACAACGAACAAUCAACAUAUUUCAGUAUUCUAGUGCUACCGUAUUUAAUUCCUGCGUGAAAAUGAGCGACACACUGCCUGAGACAGAUCCAGAGGAGAUGAUGGCCCGGCAUCGCAAGGAAAAAAAGGAUUUGCAGUGCAAAAUACAAUCGAUGAAAAAAAUGAAGGUAGAUAAAAAGAAAAAGAAGGAAAUUCUUGAUGAGAUUGCGAAUCUUGAAGUGGAAAUUGAGCACCGGCAUGCGGAAGAGCUGAAUCGGUUAAACCUUUCCGAUGCAGCCGAUCGACCAACAUCCCAAGAUGGCAAUGAAGAGCCUCAUAAUGACAACGAUUCAAAUGAAAAAGCGGAGCCACGUAUCUCGAAGGCGCAACGUAGAAGGGAUAAAAAAGCACAGGACAAUCGAGAACGUGAUGCCCAGAUUAAGCAGGAGGAAGCGAUUCUUCAGAAAAACUCUCCGCGAAUCCUGGAAAACAACCAAAUUAACGCGAUACUCAAAAAACGAGGCUUCAUAUCCCACACUGUACCAGCCGAUGGCGACUGUUUAUACAACGCGAUAAGUCACCAACUUACGCAGCUGGGAAUCGGUUCCCACACCGUAAAAGAUCUGCGCAAUCUAGCGGCGGACUAUAUCGAUGCCAACAGAGAUUCGCUGAUUUGCUACAUGAGCCAUCCUGACACGGGGGAUGUGCUCAAUCCGGAAGAGUACGCCAAGUACUGCCAGCAAGUUCGAGCGACCAAGGCAUGGGGCGGCGAGAUAGAAAUCAAAGCUCUCUCUACCAUCCUCAAGUGUCCCAUCGAAAUCAUACAAGCUGUCGGUCCACCUACCAUGCAUGGGGAGGAUCAUACCAAGGAUCGUAAAUUAGUGCUAACGUACCACAGGCACAUGUACAGUCUGGGAGAGCAUUACAAUUCUACGCGACCAUUGCCACCGGCAAUGGUGGAUGAAAAUGAGGGUUAAGCUUAAAAGU